CUACAUGUUCAACCUGUGUGUUGUGAACCCCUUUUGCUAAUUAAAUUCCAAAAGAGUGUGACAAUAUAUUACUCUUCUUUGGAUUUGUUGUGUAUAUAUUUGUUGGAGAGUUCGUUAAAGGGAAAGUGCCAAGAAGAGAGUUUUGCUGAAAAAAAAAAAUAGAAGUGUGUGUGCUAAAGUGUUUAGUGGGAAAAUAAGACUAAAUAAUUGCUUCAUACGAGAAAUUAUGUUUUAUGGUGUUUGGGUGUAUUUGGCCAAUAAUUGCUAGAAAAAUUAUGCUGAAGCGUCGUGCAAGCAAACGAUUUGUUCUUGCUGAAAGUGGUGAACCUAGUACUUGGGACACGACAACGGACAAUGUGGAAGUGGCCAUGCCGAUUGGGAUUGAUAUCAAAAUCGGAGGUGGAUCAGAAUCUGAGGAUCCACCGAUUAAAGUUGAGGAUCCAGCACCACCAAUUGAUUCUCAACUCCUCAAAGUUAAUUCACUCAAUACGGGAAUAAAACCAAGUAUGUCCCAUGGGACGGGUCUAGGACAGGAUCGGUACCAGGAGAGGGACUUUGUACUGGCAACUCCUGAGGAAUUUGUGAAGAAAUUUGGUGGCAAUCGUGUCAUCAAUAAGGUGUUGAUCGCCAACAAUGGAAUUGCCGCUGUAAAAUGCAUGCGCUCAAUCAGACGUUGGUCUUAUGAGAUGUUCAAGAAUGAGCGUGCGGUAAAAUUCGUGGUGAUGGUAACACCGGAAGAUCUGAAAGCCAAUGCUGAGUACAUCAAAAUGGCUGAUCUCUAUGUCCCAGUUACUGGGGGAUCCAAUAACAAUAACUACGCCAAUGUCGAGUUGAUUCUUGAUAUUGCUGUGCGGACGCAGGUUCAGGCAGUUUGGGCUGGUUGGGGUCAUGCCUCUGAAAAUCCUAAAUUGCCUGAGUUGCUGCACAAGAAGGGUUUGGUGUUUUUGGGGCCGCCGGAACGUGCUAUGUGGGCAUUGGGUGAUAAAGUGGCGUCAUCAAUUGUCGCCCAGACAGCUGACAUUCCAACCCUGCCAUGGUCAGGGUCUGAGCUGAAGGCUCAGUACAGUGGGAAGAAGAUUAAGAUAUCGAGUGAAUUAUUUGGUCGGGGAUGUGUCACGAGUCCGGAUCAGGGUUUGCAGGCUGCUGCAAAAAUUGGCUUUCCCGUAAUGAUUAAGGCAUCGGAAGGAGGUGGAGGUAAGGGUAUCCGUAGGGUGGAUACUCCAGAUGAAUUUCCAGCUUUGUUUAGGCAAGUUCAGGCUGAAGUUCCUGGUUCUCCUAUAUUUGUGAUGAAACUGGCUAGGGGAGCGAGGCAUUUGGAGGUGCAGUUGUUGGCAGAUCAAUAUGGGAAUGCCAUAAGUUUAUUCGGUAGAGAUUGUUCCAUUCAGCGUCGUCAUCAAAAGAUCAUUGAAGAGGCUCCGGCUAUUGUGGCGCAACCCGAAGUGUUUGAGGACAUGGAAAAGGCAGCUGUACGUUUGGCUAAGAUGGUGGGGUAUGUUAGUGCAGGAACGGUUGAGUAUCUCUAUGAUCCAGAGGGUCAGUACUUCUUCCUGGAGUUGAAUCCACGUCUUCAGGUUGAGCAUCCCUGUACGGAAAUGGUGGCUGAUGUUAACCUGCCUGCAUGCCAACUACAAAUCGGAAUGGGUAUUCCACUGUAUCGAAUCAAGGAUAUUCGACUACUGUAUGGAGAAUCUCCAUGGGGAGCUUCGGUUAUCGACUUUGAAAAUCCGAGUAAGAAGCCAAGACCCUGGGGUCAUGUCAUCGCUGCUAGAAUCACCUCCGAAAAUCCAGAUGAAGGUUUCAAGCCUAGUUCCGGAACUGUGCAGGAGCUCAAUUUCCGAUCGAGUAAGAACGUUUGGGGAUACUUCAGUGUUGCUGCUUCGGGAGGUUUGCAUGAGUUUGCGGAUUCACAGUUCGGUCAUUGCUUCUCUUGGGGAGAAAAUCGUCAGCAGGCUAGGGAGAAUUUGGUGAUAGCUCUCAAAGAGCUGUCCAUUCGUGGUGAUUUCCGGACGACUGUUGAAUACCUGAUAACUUUGCUAGAGACCAAUCGCUUCUUGGAUAACACGAUCGAUACAGCUUGGUUGGAUGCUUUGAUUGCCGAAAGGGUUCAAGCUGAAAAGCCUGAUAUUCUUCUAGGAGUCAUUUGCGGAGCUCUGCACAUUGCAGAUCGUCAAAUAACUGACGCAUUUACUACGUUCCAGACGGCCUUGGAGAAAGGUCAGAUUCAGGCAGCCAAUACGCUAACGAAUGUCGUUGAUGUUGAGUUGAUUUCUGAGAGUAUAAGGUACAAAGUUCAGGCAGCUAAAAGUGGACCCAAUACAUAUUUUCUGGUUAUGAAUGGAUCGUUCAAGGAAGUUGAGAUCCAUAGACUCUCAGACGGAGGGAUGCUGUUGUCCUUGGAAGGUGCUAGUUACACGACGUAUAUGAAGGAAGAAGUUGACCGUUAUCGUAUUGUCAUUGGCAAUCAAACUUGUGUGUUUGAAAAAGAGAAUGAUCCAUCACUUCUCAGAAGUCCUUCAGCUGGAAAGUUGAUUAAUCUUCUUGUUGAAGAUGGAGCCCAUGUUAACAAGGGUCAACCAUAUGCAGAAAUUGAAGUCAUGAAGAUGGUGAUGACGCUUACGUCGCAGGAAGCUGGGACAGUGUCCUUUGUAAGGCGCCCUGGUGCUGUUCUCGAUGCAGGAUCACUCCUUGGGCAUCUUGAACUCGAUGAUCCAAGUCUGGUGACCAAAGCACAACCCUUUAGGAGUCCAUUCCCACAUGUCGAAAAUGCCAACAUUCCCGAGAAGCUUAAUCGCGUUCACAGUGGCUACAAGUCCAUCCUGGAGAAUUCUUUAGCCGGCUACUGCCUUCCAGAUCCCUACAAUGCUCCAAGACUCAGAGAAAUUAUCGAGAAGUUUAUGCAGAGUCUCAGGGAUCCAUCACUUCCAUUGCUUGAACUUCAGGAAGUUAUAGCGUCUAUUUCCGGAAGGAUUCCCAUUGUCGUUGAGAAGAAGAUCAGGAAACUGAUGACGCUCUAUGAGAGGAAUAUUACGAGUGUUCUGGCUCAGUUUCCUUCUCAGCAAAUUGCCAGUGUUAUCGAUACGCAUGCAGCAACUCUGCAAAAACGUGCAGAUCGGGAUGUUUUCUUCCUGACAACCCAAGGAAUUGUACAACUUGUACAGAGAUAUCGAAAUGGGAUAAGGGGUAGGAUGAAGGCAGCUGUUCAUGAACUUCUCAGGCAAUACUAUGCCGUAGAGUCUCAGUUUCAACAUGGACACUACGAUAAAUGCGUUGCUGGAGUUAGGGAAAGGCAUAAGGAUGAUAUGACUCAGGUUGUCAGUACCAUAUUCUCCCAUAGUCAGGUUGCAAAGAAGAAUCUCCUGGUCACAUUGCUUAUUGAUCAUCUGUGGGCUAAUGAACCUGGCCUUACUGAUGAACUCGCAGCGACACUAAGUGAACUAACAUCACUCAAUCGAGCAGAACAUUCCAGGGUGGCUCUGAGGGCUCGUCAAGUUCUCAUUGCUGCCCAUCAGCCUGCUUAUGAGCUACGGCACAAUCAGAUGGAGUCAAUCUUCCUGUCGGCUGUCGAUAUGUAUGGACAUGAUUUCCAUCCUGAGAAUCUCCAGCGUCUCAUCCUCUCAGAGACUUCCAUUUUUGAUAUUCUCCAUGAUUUCUUCUAUCACUCAAACCGAGCUGUCUGCAAUGCUGCCUUAGAAGUCUACGUCCGACGUGCCUACACCUCUUAUGAGUUGACUUGCCUGCAGCACCUAGAACUGUCUGGGGAGGUACCCCUAGUUCACUUCCAGUUCCUUCUGCCGACAUCCCAUCCCAAUCGUGUUCCACACGACAACGGUGAACUCGAAGUUCCCAUAAGGACAGGAUGUAUGGCAGCCUUUGACUCCUUUGAACAUUUUCAAGAGUACUCCGAUGAGAUCCUAGAUCUCCUUGAGGACUUUGCCUCACCAGCUUUUGUCAGCACAAAAGUUUUGGAUGCAGUUGAAGCAGCUGACUCGGUGUCAGAUGGUCGACAUAGUACCUCCAUCAAUGUUUCUAUAUCAGAUCCAGUUACCCGUAUUGGCAGUGAUAUGGAUUCCAACCAAUCUAUGGAACCUAUUCACAUUUUAAGUGUUGCUGUCAAGGGACUUGGAGAUAUGGAUGACCUGCAGAUGUCAGAAAUGUUUGGGGGCUUCAUGACACUCCAUCGGGAAGAGUUGUUGUCACGCCGAGUGCGUAGGAUUACUUUUGCAGCUUUGAAGAAGCGUCAGUUUCCUAAAUUCUUCACCUACAGAGCUAGGGACUUCUUCAAAGAAGAUCGUAUCUAUCGCCAUUUGGAACCAGCCUGUGCCUUCCAACUGGAGCUCAAUAGGAUGCGAACAUACGACUUGGAAGCUCUACCUACUGCCAAUCAAAAAAUGCACCUCUACCUCGGUCGGGCUAAGGUUGCCAAGGGCCAGGAAGUCACCGACUACCGUUUCUUCAUUCGAUCUAUCAUCAGACAUUCGGAUUUGAUAACUAAGGAGGCAUCAUUUGAAUAUCUUCAAAAUGAAGGAGAACGGGUUCUCUUAGAGGCAAUGGACGAACUUGAAGUAGCAUUUUCGCAUCCGCAAGCAAAGCGAACGGAUUGCAAUCAUAUCUUCCUCAAUUUCGUGCCUACUGUUAUCAUGGAUCCAUCGAAGAUUGAGGAGUCUGUGACGAAGAUGGUGAUGAGAUACGGACCGAGAUUGUGGAAGUUACGAGUUCUCCAGGCUGAACUGAAAAUGGUUAUUCGGCAAACGCCACAAUCACCAACCACUGCCCUUCGUUUAUGCAUUGCCAAUGAUUCUGGAUAUUUCCUGGAUCUCAGUUUAUACAUUGAAGUUACAGAUGCCGAAACCGGAGUGAUCAAGUUCCAGAGCACCGGUCCUAAGCAAGGUCCCCUACAUGGUUUAGCUAUUUCAACGCCCUACUUGACCAAAGAUUUCCUCCAGCAGAAGCGUUUCCAGGCUCAAUCUAAUGGUACGACGUAUGUCUAUGACAUUCCCGAUAUGUUCAGACAAAUGGCUGAGCGUCUCUGGAAGGAGUACCUCAAGGCACGCCCUAGUGUUGACUUGCACAUUCCGGAGAAGGUUCUUUUGGAUUGUGUAGAGUUGGUUCUAAAUGGGGAUGUUCUUGAGGAAGUUCAGAGACUUCCAGGAGAAAAUGAAUGUGGUAUGGUUGCCUGGCGUAUGGUCAUCUGUACACCUGAAUAUCCUAAAGGUAGAGAGAUGAUCCUCAUCGCCAAUGACUUGACAUAUUUUGUUGGGUCAUUUGGAGUAAAGGAAGAUCUGCUGUUCAACGAGGCAUCAGUGUUGGCGAGAAAGCGAAAGAUUCCUAGGAUUUACAUAUCAUGCAACAGUGGAGCCCGAAUUGGUCUAGCUGAAGAAGUUAAAGCUCUGUUUAAGAUUGCCUGGGAAGAUCCAGAUGAGCCAGAUAGAGGUUUUAAGUAUCUCUAUCUGACAACAGAGGAUUACAGUAAGCUAACCAGUCAGAACUCAGUUAGGGCUAUCCUGAUUGAGGAUGAGGGUGAGCCUAGGUACAAAAUAACUGAUAUUAUUGGGAAGGAGGAUGCCAUUGGUGUUGAAAAUUUGAGAUAUGCCGGUAUGAUUGCUGGAGAGACAUCCAGGGCUUAUGAGGAGAUUGUGACGAUAUCAAUGGUAUCUUGCCGUGCCAUUGGUAUUGGAUCGUAUCUCCUGCGUUUGGGUCAGAGAGUUAUUCAGAUUGAUAAUUCUCACAUUAUCCUUACGGGAUAUGCUGCUCUCAAUAAGUUGCUGGGUAGGAUGGUGUAUGCUUCGAAUAAUCAACUUGGUGGAGUUCAGAUUAUGUACAACAAUGGGGUUUCGCACAAAACUGAAGCUGUGGACCUCGAUGGAGUUUAUCGAGUACUCCAUUGGCUCUCAUACAUUCCCGCCUACAAAGGCUGCGAAUUGCCCAUGACAGUACCCAGUGAUCCCGUUGAUCGGGAUGUGGGAUUCUUCCCUACCAAAGUCCCAUAUGAUCCGCGCUGGCUUCUCGCUGGUCGUCCCAAUCCCAGCAAUCCGGGUGAGUGGGAAUGUGGAUUCUUUGACAAAGAUUCCUGGUCUGAGAUCAUGGAACCUUGGGCUCAGACCGUAGUGACGGGUCGAGCGAGACUCGGUGGAGUGCCCGUGGGGGUGAUUGCUGUUGAAACAAGGACAGUUGAAGUGACAAUGCCCGCAGAUCCUGCCAAUAUGGAUUCUGAGGCGAAAACUCUCCAGCAAGCUGGACAAGUUUGGUAUCCAGAUUCAUCGUACAAGACGGCACAAGCAAUAAAGGACUUUGGUCGGGAAGAAUUGCCAUUGAUCAUCUUUGCCAAUUGGAGAGGAUUCUCAGGGGGCAUGAAGGAUAUGUACGAGCAAAUUGUAAAGUUUGGAGCGUACAUUGUGGAUGGUUUGAGGGAAUAUACUCAACCUGUGCUGGUUUACUUGCCACCAAAUGCCGAAUUGAGAGGUGGAGCCUGGGCUGUCUUGGAUCCCACCAUCAAUCCACGCUACAUCGAAUGCUAUGCCGAUCCUGAAUCUCGUGGAGGGGUUCUUGAGCCCGAGGGCAUCGUUGAAGUCAAAUUCAGGGAUAAGGAUAUCAUAAAAACCAUUCAGAGAGUUGAUCCUGUGAUUCUUGACCUCCGGAAGCAGAUUGCAAGUUUAGGAGAUAGCAAGGAGAAAGUCCAAGAGUUGGAGGUGAAGAUUAAGGAUCGCAUGAGUUCCUUGAUGCAUGUUUAUCAUACAGUUGCCGUUCACUUUGCCGAUCUGCACGAUACGCCUGAGAGGAUGCUGGAAAAGGGAUGUAUCAGUGAAGUUGUACCCUGGAGGGGGUCCAGAAAAUAUCUGUACUGGCGUUUGAGGAGACUUCUGCUUGAGGAUCAGUUUGUAAAGAAGAUCCUCGAUGCGCAGGAGAGUCUGUCAGUUGGUCAGGCUCAAUCAAUGCUGAGAAGGUGGUUUGUUGAGGAUUUGGGAGCUACUGAGGCAUAUCUCUGGGAUAGGAAUGAGGAUGUGGUUGAGUGGCUCGAACGUCAACGUGCUGAGGAUUCCACAAUGUCCAGAAAUAUUAAGUCCGUGAAGAAAGAUGCGAUUAUUUCUCAAAUCCAAAAAGCUUUAGAGGAAUGUCCGGAAGUGGCUCUGGAUGCAGUUAUUGGUCUCUGCCAGGCUCUCUCGCCAGCCAAUCGUGUAGAAGUGGUCAGGACACUAACUCAAUUGGAGUUUGCUGAGAAGGAUUCCGCUUCCUCAAAUUUGGGAUGAUGCACGCCAAAAUGAACAAUGCAUUUAGCUUCUUUUUCCUAAAUUAUUCUCUCAUCGACUCUCUUCCCUCAAUGUGUCUGCUGUGUGGUGAAUCACACAAAAAUUUACCCAGAAAAUUUGUCCAUUUGGGGGCGGAGUCUCUAAUUUUUUUGUUGCGCAAAAUGCUUUAAGCUCUAGUUUGGAUCGUCGUGGAAUGCAAUAUAUUUUGUACAUGAAGGACUGCACUGCACGUCCUGGGGGUAUUUUCAUUGACAUCAUGCUGUAAUAAGUAAUUGUAAUUUUCAUUGUAAAAUUUAGGAAGAGUAAAAAUAGUUUCACUAAAAUUA